ACUCCAGGAAAAACAGCUUCCAUGGCAUAUUCUGUACAGGGCACAACUAGAAUGAGUGCUGCAGAAAGUUCUACGGAGCAUGCAGAGCAUGAUCAAUCAUCAAGCAGAAAGAACUUGACAAGUUCUCUUGAACAAAAGAUAAGGUGCUUGGAAAAACAGAGAAAAGAGCUCCUGGAAGUUAACCAGCAAUGGGAUCAGCAAUUUAGAAGUAUGAAAGAGUUAUAUGAACGAAAGGUCGCGGAGCUGAAAAUGAAACUGGAGGCCGCAGAAAGAUUCCUCAGCUCGCAGGAGAAGGAGCGGCUUCAGAGUCAGAGAGAGAGCGACCGGCUUCACGACCACACCCGCCAGCGGCUGCAGCGCGAGGAGAAGGAAAAGGAGACCCUAAGUGAAGAAUUACACGAAUUGAAGAAAGAAAAUAAGCUUUUGAAGGAAAAAAAUGCUCUUGUGAGCAAGAAGAAGGAACAUUAUGAAUGUGAAAUAAAGCGCCUCAAUAAGGCUCUUCAAGAUGCCUUGAAAAUCGAAUGUUCUUCAUUUCCUGAGGAUUGUUUGGGAAAAUCUGAACUGGAGUGCAGACAUGAGGAGAUGAGAACAGAAAUGGAAGUUCUCAAACAGCAGGUGCAAAUAUAUGAAGAAGACUUCAAAAAGGAACGAUCAGAUCGAGAAAGACUUAAUCAAGAGAAAGAGACUCUACAGCAAAUUAUUCAAACUUCUCAAUCCGAGUUGAAUAGGCUGAAUUCUCAGAUAAAAACUUGUCAGAUGGAGAAAGAAAAACUUGAAAAGCAGUUAAAACAGAUGUAUUUCCCAAUCUGUAACUGCGCCUUGAAUUUCCACCUGAGGGAUCCGUGCACACUGGCAGACCCUGGGGCUGCACAAGAUCUGCAGAAGCACCCACCAGACUAUCAGUGGUAUGCUCCUGACCAGUUUCCGCCAGAUGUGCAGCACAAGGCAAAUGAAUCUGCUACUUACUUCUAUGGUCUCAGGAGGCCACCUAGGAACGGGCUGUAUAAACUGUGCUAUAUCCAUAAUCUCACCUCUGUUAUCACAUAUCAACAAAAGUCAGCCAUGCCUGCUACAUGCUUACAAAUCUCCUAUGAUGCACACCUGUGAUGCUAUGUUGUUAAUUUCCAGAGAUUUUAAUCUGUCUAGAAAAGCUGAAGAUGAGCCAUAUUCCAAUUUUGGGUUAUACCUGAAACUUGAUCUCAUUUAGUUCAGAUAUGAAAUCAUAGAAUUCUAGUUUUUAGUACAAGGAACCGAUUAUAGAGUGGAAAUAGAAAGCCAGGGAUAACAUGUAGUUUUCCAGGUUGUAUACUUCACAAGUCCAAGGAGUUCUUCAUGGUAGUCUAGGCAAAUGUAGCCCCCUACAACAAAGAGUUGUGCUUUACACAACCUGGGCAGCUGUAUCUAGCAGCACUAGGAGUGGCAAAGGUCAUAGCUUACAGUAGCCUUAUAGGGAAAAAAAAGGAAAAAGUGAGAGCUCUGUAAUAUAAUGUCUAGGUAUUUAUCAGAAAACCGUGGGAUUCUGUUUUUCUUUUCUUUCUACUAUGAAUAUAGCCAUUGGUUUUAACGUAGUUCUUGGGUUCCAGCCAUAAUAGAGAGCUUUUAUUAGAAUGGCAUACAAUUAAGCAUAAUGAUUGUUGCAUCAUGUCUGUGUCUUUGAAAUUCAUUGUUGUAUAAUAGCUGAACUGCUACCCAAUUAUAAUUUUCCACUUCAUAUUAUAUUGGCCCGAAAUGAAUAUUAAAGACAUUUUCUCUCUGAGUUGGAGUUUAAUCGCUAGAAAAUAUAAUUAUGCAGUAAAGAAUUCAGUAACAUCAUAAAGCCAUUUAUGGAUCACUACUAGAUUCUUCUUACACCAAUAUAAUAGAAGUUAAUAAUUACAUAAAAUAGAAAUGAGUUUUUAUGACCCUCAGAAACUAAAUAAAAUUAUGCAAACAUAGAAUAUUAUAGUCAGUGUGUAAGACUACAGAUUUUUGUCUACUUGGGAAGAAACAUAAUAAAGUUUGGGGUGUGUUAUAUGUUGUGUGACAGUCCACAGAUUCAAAAUUACAAUAAAAAAGAAACCUCUAUUAUGUAGCAACCUGAGUAUUUUUUAAAUGUUUAUAUCUUCAAAACAUGCUAUAAAAUAGGUUUUAUUAUUAGACCAUUUUACAGAUGAGGAAACCGAGACUUGGAGAAUUUAAGUAGCAUGCCUAAAUCACACAGUUGGUAAAUUUUAGCCCUGAUAUGAGAUUCCAAAUGUAGAGAGCUUCAAAACCCAUCUUUGAAUCACAUCCUGUAGUUCUCUUGAAAACCUCCUUCUCACUAUGUUAAAAUUUUCUAAAAUGAUAGAUGUAAAAUGAGAAUAGGGUCUUUAACUUGGAUAAUUAUAUGACUAGAAUUUAACCAUAAAUAGUCUUUUUUUCCUAUAAACUUGUAACAUGUGUUAUAUGUGCUACUCAUUUGGUAUUUUGAAUAUCACAGGUAGAAAACACAGUACUAUGGAAAUUAAGUACAUGAUAAAUGUUAUAAAUGAGUUCAUGCCUGGGCAGCUCUGGUAGAAACUGAUGGGGUGUGUUGCCAUUUGAAACCUUUCCUUCUCCGUACCAACAUAGUUCUGCAGUUGACUGGCUUGUCUGUAGCCAAGAAGAGGGUUGAUCAUGGCCAGGGGACCCCAUAGAAAAAAAUUCCUUACUCAGAAAUCUACCUGUUUUUUAUUUCUAUUACUCCUCUUCUAGAUUCCAAAGCUGAUGCUAUUCCAAAGUUCAAGCCAGGUCAUGAAAAUUGGCAAAAGCUAUGAAAUCACUCUUAUAAAAAAAAAAUUUCAUAUGUCAUUAUUUAAUUUCAGUGGUGAGUCUUGCUAUUUUUUGUUUUAUUUAAUUGGAAAGCUCCUUCUGGUUUGUAGGUCCAACCCAAUUUCUCAGAAUUCCUUUUUUUUUUAAAUCUAUUUAUUUAUUUUGAGAGAGAGA